CGAGACACAGGGUCCAAGGUCUACCUUUGUGCAAUCCUCGUGACUGCCUCAUUCCCGACCUGACCUCACGUCCAGUCAGACCAAGCACCAUGAAGACUCUCCUACUUUUCUCCGCCGUCUGCCUGGCUGUAGCGCACAGCCAAAUCCUGGAGCCAUGCUCGCCACCGCCACUAUGGGAGGCCAGGGUGUCCAGGAUUGACCCAACGAAGCGCUUCUCCGAGCGAGCGAAGCUGUCCUAUGACGGCGCCAACCGCCGUGUCCGCAGGAUCGAGGAAGUCAACCUCCUUGAGGACAAGGAGUUCUUUGAUGUGCUGUACCUCCACAACACCGAGCCUGGCACCGAGUACCGCCUUAACUUGAAGUCCAAGGAGUGUGAGAAGAGGGAGCUUUCCGAACCCUGGCGUCCCUUCGAAGUCCCGUCCAACUCCACCUACCUGGGCGAGAGUUACAUCGGAACCGGCGCGGUACCAGGGGCAGGCGUGCUGACGGAGCUUUGGGAACGUACAUUUGAGACCGGAGACAAGUACUUCGGCGUCUACACUGUGGAGGGCUGCAUUCCUAUCCAAGAGGAAUUCUACAGCAACCGCACUGGCCUUGUCUCUACAUUCUUCUUUGACGUGACAGGUGGCAUCUCCGACCCUAACAUCUUCAUCCCACCGAGGGAGUGCAUGUAACUGCAGGCAGCCCUGCUCAAAUGUAGUUACUGCACAAACAUCACUAGAGGAUAGAUGAGACCUGCAUGUUUAUUGAGCGUGUUUAUUCAUUCGGCGUCAUGUUAUCUUGUUUACGUUUUAUAUUGCAUUUAAGUUACAUAUUUCUGAGCCUAAUAAGUCUUUAUCCUGUCACCAGGAUAACACGUAGGAAACUACUUUAUGCGACAUAUGGUAUACACGUUUGUUUUGCAACAUCGUCUUUGUCAUUGUCUACUUUAUUGCUUGUCUCUCUGACCUUGUAUGGAAAUGGUUGUCAAUGAAUUAAAACUUUUUUUAUGACAUAACGA